AUGUGUUACAGGUGCAGCAGCAUCAUGAUCCACGGCGAGGAGCAGCCACUGGAUGAAGACUUGACGGAUGCUUUCCAGAGUGCCUACAUGGAGCUGGGAGGACUGGGAGAGAGAGUGCUGGAGCGGCAUUUACCCACUGCGUCGGGCACAGCGGCACGCGGCGGAUCAAUCAUGGAGAUGAGACCCAGGAAGCAGAGCUUCUCGGUGGGGAAGUUGGUUUCUUCGCUGUCGAAGGUGAACCCUCGAGGGAACUGGGAUGAAGACAGAUUCAAGUGGCAGAAGCCUGCAAGAGGAGAGGGAUCAGUGAUCAUGGUGACUGGGGACCACCCAAUCACGGCCAAGGCCAUCGCCAAAGGUGUGGGCAUCAUCUCCGAGUGCAAUGAGACGGUCGAGGACAUCGCUGCAAGGCUGAAUAUCCCUCUGAGCCAAGUUGACCCCAGGUGUGUGUGUGUGUGUGUGUGUGUGUGUGUGUGUGUGGGGGCGAUCGUGGCUGUGACGGGCGACGGCGUCAACGACUCCCCGGCCCUGAAGAAAGCCGACAUCGGCGUUGCCAUGGGAAUCGCAGGCUCUGAUGUGUCCAAGCAGGCGGCUGACAUGAUCCUGUUGGACGACAACUUCGCCUCCAUCGUCACCGGGGUGGAGGAGGGUCGUCUCAUCUUUGACAACCUGAAGAAGUCCAUCGCAUACACGCUGACCAGCAACAUCCCAGAGAUCUCACCCUUCCUCCUCUUCAUCUGUCUCAGUGUUCCUCUUCCUCUGGGGACCGUCACCAUCCUCUGCAUUGACCUGGGCACUGACAUGGUUCCAGCCAUCUCAUUGGCCUAUGAGACAGCUGAGAGUGACAUCAUGAAACGCCAACCGAGGAACCCCAAGACGGACAAGCUGGUCAAUGAACGCCUCAUCAGCAUGGCGUACGGACAGAUAGGGAUGAUCAGGCUGUGCUGGGUUUUUUCACUCUACUUUGUGAUUUUGGCUGAAGAACGGCUUCCUGUCCACAAUAUGCGGUGGGGGUACCGCGUCAGAUGGGAGACGCGAAACGAGACCGGGGGCGCAGAUUCCCUGUUUCAACAGGGCAUGAAGAACAAGAUGCUGAUCUUCGGUCUGUUUUUCGAGACGUCUCUGGCUGCCUUCCUCUCCUACUGCCCUGGGAUGGACAUUGCCUUGCGCAUGUACCCCCUGAAGCCCCUGUGGUGGUUCUGUGCCUUCCCAUACAGUCUUCUCAUCUUCAUUUAUGAUGAGGUCCGUAAAUUAAUUCUGAGGAGGAGCCCCGGAGGUAAGCAGUUAUUAAGAGAAACUGAGAUUAAAAGGUUUCAACCUUCUUUGUCUUGUUAAUAAGCUGAAAGAAACAUUGGUGAUUGACACAACUAUCUCAGGAACCACAUGUGCCAUUUUCCAUCAAGACCUCUGUCUGUCUGUCAGCUCUC